AUUCGACUAGUGUAAUUGUCAUUAUGACAUCCCUUCAUUUCUGUCAUGGCCCGCAAACCAUCUUCAAGCGGUGCAAAGAAUAACAAACAUAGGGAUGUUAUAGUUUCAAUCUUGCUCACAGAAUCCACAGCAAGUCUGAUGAGUCCUAGAAUACCUUACUUGGAAGAUCUACAUGAUAAUGAAUCCCAUGUAUGUACAAUCAGCUCUACUGAAAGGAAUUAUUCAAAUAAUAAUGCUUUGAUAACACCAAGGAAUAGUUUCGAUAAUCAUAGUUUGAUUUCAGACGUGGCAUACUUCCAGUAUGGAAGUUUUUCUUCUAUAUCUAUGCCAGAAACGUCAUCCAACGAUUCUACAAAGAUUUUUCCUUUGAAAUUCAGCAGACAAAGUCUACCUUACAUUCUAAAACCUACAAAAAUUCAUACAAGACCAUUGGUUGCUGUGAGAAGCGCAGCACAUAAUGAUAGACUGGAUGUACAUCUGAAUAAAAUUUAUGUGUCUUUUCUAGAUAGCGAAACUAGUCUCGACUCGGAUUCAUUUAUGUGCAGAAUAUGUCAUGGGGGUGAAAGUGUAGAUGAUUUAUUAAUGCCCUGCCGUUGUCGAGGAAGUGUAGCCCUAGUUCAUUUACAAUGCUUGGAGAGAUGGCUGAUGGAGUCAUCCAGGAGCUAUUGUGAAUUAUGUCAGCAUCACUAUGAAAUAGUUAGACAACCUAGGUACAAUUUAGCAAUGUCUUUGCUGAUGUUUGUAACAACUCCUGGGUCACACUUGUGGGAUUUAUUAAUAGAUAGUGCCACAUUCAUUGCAUACACCCCUACUGCUGUAGCGUCAACUUACACCUUGAUGCUUCUUUGUGAAAAUAUAACGAAAUCUGAAAAACAACUACUAUCGCAUAUUCUAGGAUUUCUAUCCAUCUUAGGUAUUGCUGCAAUAGAUUUUACUUACACUUCUUGGCUGUUGGUGACGCUUCAAAAACACUACGAAGCUUGGAAGGAAUUUCGCAAAACUAAUUGCGACAUUAAAAUAGUACUACCGAAUCAUAAAAGGCGAGUGCAUCAGAGAAAAAAAUUUAACUCACUUGUUACUAUCUGAUAGGAUAACAGACUAAGUUCAUAUAAAAAGUAGUAAAACUGACACAUAUAUAACUUCCCAUGAAUAAAUCCUUGAAAUCAAAAGGGAAUUUUUUUCGCCAUUUCAUACAUAAUCAAGCAAAAUGAAUAAUAAUGAGCUUGUUACUAUAUUUUUCAAAGGUCGGACUUUCGACACACGCGUCUCCCAGGAAAAUCAUCGUGGAUCUGAAUGCGAUACAUAAUCUGAAAGAGUUUAUAUAUAGUAAAAAAUCUCAACGAUGCGAUGAAAAUCGAAGGGAGAAGGGCUCCACGAAAUUGCUUGGAAUAGAUUCAGCGUAAUCGAGAACCUAUAUUUUCGUACCAAACC